AUGACUCAUACACUUCUGCUAUACUGCUUGGCGUUUCUUUUGCCCACAGAGUCCAAUAGGACAUUAUGCCAGGCUGCCAGCAAGAGCAAGGAGAAGGCGUCUGCCAGGCCACACGGUGUAUGUGUUGGUGUCUGUAUGGACAAUUCCCACUGCACUCAACCUUGCCCUCCAGAUACUCAGGGAAAUAUGGGGUUUUCAUGCAGGGAAAAGAAAUGGCAUAAGGUCACUGAUACCUGCCAGACUCUCAAUGCCUUCAACAUCUUUGAGGAGGAGUCAUAUUUGGUUCGGCCAUUUGGAGAAAAUAUAAGAAUACAUGAAUAUGCUGGAAAGUCUGAGACCAUAGCAGAGAUGGUACUACAAAAGUGUCCUACAGAUUUGUCUUGUGUAAUUAAAAACAUUCAGCGGUCUCCUCGGAUACCAGGCAACAUCGCUGUCAUUGUGCAGCUCUUACACAACAUAUCAACAGAAGUAGUGACAAAUGUUGAUGAGACAAAGAUGCAGAGUUACAGCAUCAUGGCCAACCACAUUCUUAACAGCAAAAGCAUCUCAAACUGGACCUUCAUUCCUGACAGAAACAGCGGUGGUGUCCUGCUACGUUCAGUCAAUUCCUUUGCAAGAAAACUACUCCUAAAUAAGCAUUCCAUUGACAUAUCAGAUGUCUUCAUUCAUACCAUCGGCACCACCAUCUCUGGAGAUAACACUGAAAAAAAUUUCACUUUUUCAAUGAGCGUUAAUGAUACCAGCAAUAAAGUCACUGGAAGGGUGCUGAUCAGCAGAGAUGAACUUCAAAAGGUGUCUUCUCCUUCACAAGUCAUUAGCAUCGCAUUUCCAACUCUUGGGGCUAUUUUGGAAUCCAGUCUUUUGGAAAAUUUUACUGUGAAUGGGCUCAUCCUGUCUGUCAUUUUGCCCAAUGAACUUAAAAGAAUUUCACUGAUUUUUGAAAAGAUCUGCAAGUCAGAGGAGAAGAGGACGCAGUGUGUUGGCUGGCACUCCAUAGAGAGCAGAUGGGACCAGCAGGCUUGCAAAAUGGUUCAAGAAAACCCCCAGCAAGCUGUUUGUAAGUGUAGGCCAAGCAAAUUGUUUACCUCUUUCUCAAUUCUUAUGUCACCCCACAUCCUAAACAGCCCGAUUCUGAUUUACAUAACAUAUGUAGGCCUGGGCAUUUCCAUUUGCAGCCUGAUCAUUUGCUUGUCCAUUGAGGUCUUAGUCUGGAGCCAAGUGACAAAGACAGAGAUUUCGUAUUUACGCCAUGUAUGCAUUGCCAACAUCGCGGCCACCUUGCUAAUGGCUGACGUGUGGUUCAUCGUGGCUUCCUUUCUUAGUGGUCCGAUGACACAUCACAACGGAUGUGUGGUGGCAACAUUUUUUGUUCAUUUCUUUUACCUUUCUGUGUUUUUCUGGAUGCUUGCCAAGGCACUCCUUAUCCUCUAUGGAAUUCUGAUUGUUUUCCACACACUGCCUAAGUCCGUCCUGGUGGCAUCUCUGUUUUCAGUGGGCUAUGGAUGUCCUUUGGUCAUUGCUGUAAUCACAGUUGCUGUCACUGAACCUGGCAAAGGCUACCUACGGCCUGGGGCCUGCUGGCUUAACUGGGACAUGACCAAAGCCCUCCUGGCCUUUGUGGUUCCAGCUCUGGCCAUCGUGGUAGUCAACCUGAUUACAGUCACACUGGUGAUCGUCAAGACCCAGCGAGCUGCCAUUGGCAGUUCCAUGUUCCAGGAGGUGAGAGCCAUUGUGAGAAUCAGUAAGAACAUCGCCAUCCUCACACCACUGCUGGGGCUCACCUGGGGGUUUGGAAUAGCCACGGUCAUCAAUGACAGCUCUCUGGCCUUCCACAUUAUCUUCUCCUUGCUCAAUGCAUUCCAGGGCUUCUUCAUCCUGGUGUUUGGGACAAUCCUGGAUCCAAAGAUAAGAGGAGCCUUAAAGGGUCGAGUAACCUCUACAAAAUGGAUCUCCAGAAUAUCAGAGAUCCAUUGUGGAGUGAAUCACAGACUUGCACAAGCCUUGAAACUGUGGGCAGCUUUACAGUUGAGUGGCUUCUCACAACAGAGAGUUGGUUCUCCCCGGGGCCUCCUGGAUUUCCCUUUCAAAAAUGGAGAAGACAUGUCACAGCCACUGAAGUGGGGCUGUGGAGAUACUGGCCUGGGCAUGUGA